GAAUUUAUAAUUCUCGAAUGUUUCGAUAUAUCGAAAAUACUCGAUUUAAGAUAAAUCUGAUGUAGCACACACUUAUCUGUAUCUAUGUGUAGUGUCUAUGUGUAUAAAAUAAUUUUGACGCGUAAUGCUGUAAUGUUUAAAUGUGACUUUGUGUAUCGUUUCUUUUUUUCGCAGGAAAUUAUUUAAGUAAAUGAGUAAGGGAUUGACGGAAUGCAUAAUCACCGGAUAUCCAGGUCUUGGAACGGGUGCUUUUUAAUAUAUACGUGUCACGUGGAAAACAACAUCACUGACGUAUAUCUUUAUGUAGAUACCGCUACGCGUUAUUGUUUACAAAAUUAGAAGAAAUCAUAUGUCAUUGCAAUAAAGUUUACAAGAUUGUUUGAAGUCCUAUGUAUAUGGCAAUCUCUUAAAAUAGUCAAAAAAGAAUAGAAGAAGUUACUUUGUCCUUUGAAAUAAGAAAAGCGAAUAAGAAAUAUCUAUGAUUUAGAAGAAUCGAGUAAAAGUAGGUACGAAAAUUAAGUGACAAUAAAAACAUACAAAAUGGGUCGGAAAGUAACUGUAGCUGCUUGCACGUUGAAUCAAUGGGCCAUGGACUUUGAUGGGAAUUUUCGAAGGAUUCUUCAAAGUAUAGAAGAAGCUAAAGCCGCUGGUGCUACUUACAGAAGUGGUCCCGAAUUGGAAAUUUGUGGUUACAGUUGCGAGGAUCACUUUUACGAAUCUGAUACGUUGUUACAUUGUUGGGAAGUUUUAGCAAUGCUUAUGAAAUCCAGUGUUUGCGAAGAUAUUUUGAUAGAUGUUGGGAUGCCAGUGAUGCAUAAAAAUGUAACUUACAAUUGUCGAGUUGUAUUUUUAAAUUGGUCUGUUUUGUUAAUUAGACCAAAAAUGUUGUUAUGCGAGGAUGGAAAUUAUCGUGAGUCAAGAUGGUUUUCUCCUUGGACUAAGGAACGUACUAUUGAGGACUAUUUUUUACCAAGAAUGAUUUCUCAAUUAACUGGACAAAAUGUUGUACCUUUUGGUGAUGCUGUGAUAUCAACAAAAGAUACUUGCAUAGGUUUCGAAAUAUGCGAGGAACUUUGGAAUCCACGUAGCAAUCAUAUUCCAAUGUCUCUGGAUGGCGUUGAGAUAAUUGCUAAUGGAAGUGGUUCUUAUUUCGAGCUUCGUAAAGGAUAUGUCACAGUAGAUCUCGUUAAAUCAGCAACAUUUAAAUGUGGUGGUUGUUACAUCUUUAGUAAUUUACGUGGAUGCGAUGGUGCAAGACUUUAUUUUAAUGGUGGUUCCGGUAUUUUCCUUAAUGGAUAUAUUUUAAAUCGUGGCAAACAAUUUGCUUUGGAAGAAGUCGAGGUUACUGUAGCUACGUUUGAUCUGGAAGACAUAAGAAGUUAUAGAACUAAUAUUAGGUCAAGAUCACAUUCGGCGGCACGUUCCGAAUCGUAUCCACGUGUCAAAAUAGAUUUUGUUCUUUCUUCGACGAACUCGAUUUUAUCAAAUCCGUCUAACAAACUCAUGAAUAUGGAACAGAAUAUAUUAGAGAAUAUGAGUGGAAUGUUAAACGCUUCUUAUCAUACACCAGAGGAAGAAAUUUCUUUGGCACCUGCUUGUUGGCUUUGGGAUUACCUCAGACGCUCUUGUCAAGGUGGAUUUUUCAUACCUUUAAGUGGGGGUAUUGAUUCAUCUUCGUCAGCUUGUUUGGUCUAUAGUAUGUGUACUUUGAUAGUUGAAUCUGUUAGCAAAGGAAAUGCACAGGUGUUGUCAGAUAUUAGAAAAAUUGUUGGCGAUUGCGAGUAUACACCGACUGAUCCCAAACAACUUUGUAACACCUUACUGGUUACGUGUUACAUGGGAACUGAGAAUUCAUCUGCUGAAACGAAAGCAAGAGCAGCCGAAUUAGCGAAACAAAUAGGGUCUUAUCAUCAUAAUAUUGUCAUUGAUACCGCUGUCUCAGCUAUUUUAGGUAUAUUUCAGCAGAUAACGAAAAUAGUGCCGAGAUUUAAAGUACACGGUGGUUCUCCGAGAGAAAAUCAAGCUUUGCAAAAUAUUCAAGCACGUUUACGUAUGGUUAUUACUUAUCUAUUCGCACAAUUGAUGCUCUGGAUCCGAGGACGUCCAGGUGGUCUUCUAGUACUUGGAAGCACAAAUGUUGAUGAAGCACUUCGUGGCUAUGUGACUAAAUAUGAUAGCAGUAGUGCAGAUAUUAAUCCUAUUGGUGGAAUAUCUAAAAACGAUCUCAAACGAUUUCUUUCGUAUUUCAGAAAGAAGCAUGGAUUGUCAGCUUUAGAUGAUAUCUUAACAUCACCACCAACGGCUGAAUUGGAGCCAUUGCAAGAUGGAAAACUAACUCAAUUCGACGAAGUAGAGAUGGGUAUGACGUACAACGAACUAGAAACUUUUGGAAAGCUUAGAAAACAAUAUUGUGCUGGACCCUAUAGCAUGUUUUGUCGACUUGUUAAUACUUGGAAUCAUUAUACACCCAAAGAGGUUGCAGACAAAGUUAGACAUUUCUAUCGCUGUUACGCGAUACAUCGUCAUAAGAUGACCAUACUGACACCUUCUUGUCAUAUCGAAACUUACAGUCCUGAUGACAAUCGUUUCGAUCAUCGUCAGUUUCUUUACAAUCAUACAUGGAAAUGGCAAUUCAAUGCCAUCGAAGAAGAGGUAAAACGAAUGAGCACGGAGGAGCACACAACCAGAUCGAAGACAGACGCACCUAAAGUGCCAGCUAGGCCAAGAGUCAUCCCGUUCAACUCUGUAAUUAGUAAUAAGAAACAUCCCGGAGUAAUAGUUUAGUAGCCGUAGCUCUAUCUCUUAUCAUUUUGACAUUGCAGUGUCAACCAACGGGGAAAAGAAUAGGAUCGUAUGCUGUUGCGAUGACUUGGAGAGAAAAAAUAUUGCUUACAAGAAAGAUGUCUCGUAUAUUUUUCAAAAAAUAAAAAUCAUUUAAAAGAAUAA